AUGGCGACUCGGGAUCUCACGUCGUCCCCAAUUGCAGGCAAUGGUCCUUCAUCAGACACGUCGGAUGACAGCGAUUGGGCUGAUAUCGAAGCUGAUGAAGAAGCGAUAUCGUUCGUAUCGCUGUUUGACUCAACGACCUUCCAACUGCUCGAUACCAUGCUGGACCACUGUGAACAACACCAUAACUUCAAUUUGAGAGCCAAUGUUGCACGGCUGCAACUUGAUUUCAUGGGGGCCGUCAAACUUGUGAACUUCAUCCGCCAUCGUGUGAGGAGUCAAAAGCCUUUGCCAGCUGCAAUCUCCCAUCAUGACAUUGACGAUGACACCUACCUCGUACCAGUACUAGAAAAUGAUUCCGUCCUUUUCUCGUUGGAAGAUGUCUUGGGGUCAGCUCGAGAUUCUGAUGGCGACCACAGUGAUGAAACGACCAACGCCCUACAGGAUCGCAAUGCCCAGCUUGAGGCUGAGCUUGAAUUGAUUCGCAGAAACUUUAUGCAUUAUCGCCUCGAUGUUGAGAGAACGCUCGACCGCCGCUGGGGCGAUGAGCACCAGCAUGAACCGAAAUUCUCGUCUCCCGAUAUUGAAAUCAAGGACCAGUCAGACUACUAUUUUGAAUCCUACGCCUCAAAUGAAAUCCAUGAAACUAUGCUGAAGGACCAGGUUCGUACGGAUGCCUAUCGAGAUUUCAUAUAUGAGAACAAGCAUCUCUUUAAAGACAAGGUCGUACUGGACAUCGGCUGCGGUACAGGUAUUCUGAGCAUGUUUUGUGCCACUGCUGGGGCUGCGCAAGUCAUUGCGGUCGACAAGUCAGAGAUCAUUAUCAAGGCGAGAGAGAACAUCUUCAACAAUGGACUGUCGGCGAUCGUGACCUGCCUAAGUGGAGCCAUCGAAGAUGUCAAGCUUCCGGUCGACAAAGUCGACAUCAUCGUCAGCGAAUGGAUGGGGUACUGUUUACUCUACGAAGCUAUGCUGCCAAGCGUGCUCUAUGCUCGUGACAAGUACCUCAAACCUGGCGGUCUGCUGGUGCCCAGCUCGGCCACUCUUUGGAUCGCACCGGUCGAUAACCAGAACUAUUGCGCCGAGCACGUGUCCUAUUGGCGGGAUGUCUACGGCUUUGACAUGAAGGCAAUGCAGGAGGGCAUAUUUGAUGACGUUCGCAUUGAGGCAAUGCCUGCCGAAUUCAUCUGCGGAAGCCCCUUUCCGUUCAAGACGUUUGACUUGCGCAAAACGAGGACAGAGGAUUUAGUAUUCACGGCAGACUGGCAGUCAGAUCUAACAAGGAACAUUGAGAGCAUCGACGGGUUUCUAAUUUGGUUUGAUAAUUUCUUCGCGACGUCUGGCGAUGAACAACCUCCAGCGCCCCAAAUGACUACCUCUGCUUGGGUCAAGAAGAAGCCUGGCAAUGUAGCCUUCACAACCGGGCCAUAUGGGACCGAGACGCAUUGGAAGCAGGGAUUUCUACUUAUCGACCCAAAAUCCACCCAAACAAAUGUAUCGACGUCAAGUCAGUUGUCUGGGCAGGUAACCUUCGCAGUGCUCGAGGAGAAUGCCCGCGCGCUAACGAUUGAUGCUCAAUGGUCUGUGGCCGACCAAAAAAGAGCAAGUCAGUCAUGGAAGCUCAGGUAG